GAAAGGCGAGGUGAGAGGAGAGAGGUGCCAGCUGAGUCAGAGGGCAGUGUGGGAGCAGGGGCUCCACUGGAGACGCUUCACAGGACGGAAGGACUCACAAGAGAGGAGCAGGACAAGUUACGCCAGCCUGGAGAAGCCAGAGAAGCUUUUUCUCCCAGAAAAGGACGGCAUGAUAUUGGGAUUAGCGCUGCUAGACGACAGAAGGGUUUGAGAAGAACCUUUCUUUCAGCCGCUGGGAGGAGAAGAGCCUUGGAGAGGAACGUUCAUGAAGGAGGAUGUAGCCUAACCCGUGUCUGAGCAUCUUACAGGGAGCCACGAGAUGAAGGCUACAUGGUCUGACACUUGGAGAAAGAGAAGCAGAGAUUCUACUGUGUAAGAAGUCUAUCAGUCUGUCCUUAUCAGACCUCUCUCACUUCCUAGGCUCCUCACUGCAGUACUCGGCAGCGGUCUAAUCUAGGUCAUGCCCCUGUUCGGCUGGAUGAAAUGGUCGCGUGCGGAGGGAGAGCGGGCCCACGCGGAGAGCAUGUCUCUCGCCCCGGGGCCCGCGGCCAGCCGCAUGCUGAUCAGGGAGCUGCUGUGGCACCUGGAGGAGAAGGAGCGCCUGGCCCGGGAACUGGAACUGGAGCAGAGGCUGGCCCACAGUGCUCUGGGGCUCCGCUGGCUCCAGAACUACCCCCGGUUACGGACCCUGAUCCCCCCGUCGGAACACCUCCAACUGGAACGCUUGUGCGCCCAGAUCCAGCCAGUCCACACGGCCACUGUUCUCUCCAGGUUUCGUGAGGUACUAGCGACCAACAAUGUUCUGCCCUGGGAACUGGUCUACGUCUUCAAGCAGGUGCUAAAUGACUUCCUAAACAGAGAGGAGGGAGAAGGCGACGAGCAGUUUCCACAGGCAGCGGUCCGUCAACCGAUGGAAUCCUGGACCAACCGCUACCAGAUGAAGCAGGGGUUCGUCACCCCUACUGUGCCAAACUGUGGCGAGCCACCGCGAGAAGAGAUCCCAACCAUAUCUGGUUACGUGGACCGGGCCAUGAGGCGCUCAGCUCCAUUUGCCACCCAAAGGGGCUGGAACUUUCCUUACUACUACCCGGUUCCUGUUAAAUCGUCCGAGGCAUACAGUACAACACUGUAAGAGCGUUUCUAGGCCUAGGCCCUAUAUGAAACAAUCCAUUGUUUGAAUAAUUAUGUGAUUGCAUUACAGCGUUUUGCACAAGCCACCUCUGACCACUAUCAUAAGGGACAUGGAAUGUCUUCUAAAAAGGAAUACGGCAUCAUUGUGAAAUUCAUGAAUCCUUCCCAUUGUCAUACAUUCAGACAAAGUUACUGCAAUAAUUAUGUGAAUAUUAACAUAAGGACAGUAGAGAACUGAAACUAUAGGAACGAUAGCAACAGAUUGUACUACAGAUUUUCCUUGUAAUAUGUGAUCGAUAUUUCAAUCAAAUUAACGUGCAAUUGAAAUAGUUUCAGUUAAUCCGUUAACUAGCAGUUGCUAGCCAUCUUUCUGGGAAAAAUGCGUGAUGGCGCGAGGUAGCUAGCAAACACACAAAAACCAUUCUUCUUACCUGCUCUGUUUUGAUGACUCAUCUGUUAUUCUAAUGUUUGCAAAUUGGGUCCCUAAAGUGAACCAUUCUGUUAUUUGUUCUGCCGUUAUUGCUUUCAUAUUUAAUGGGUGCUUUUGUACUACUGGUUCCAUCUUCCAAGUCUUCCCGAUAAUCCAAGGCUCGUGUAGGAUCCUAAAUAAGAGAGCCAAUUGUACUUCAGCUAUUAACGUGUGCACGUGAUAUACCUGCUGGAAGUUUCCCCGAGGUUCCAAUGUGGGCAUGGCCGAACUAUCUUGUGCUCUGAUAAAAUACAUAACUAAAAUAUUACGUUUUUAUUUGUCAUAAAAUUGUUAUACAGACAGCAUAGGCUAGAACAGUUCAAUAGAGUAUGUUUUAUGUACAUGGGCAAUGUAUAGGAAAUGAGAAGAGUUAUAGACUUGAAAGAUUUCUUCUAAACACAAAAAGGAUGUUAUUAGAUAAUCACACAGACAUAAGAGAAU